AUGAGACGCUCUGUGAACGGCGGCGAGGGUGGCAACGGGGGCAGCGGCGGCUCUGCUGUUGGUGGCGAUGGUGGCAAGGCAGCUGGUGGUGCGAACGGCAGCUCCGCCAAUGGUGGCAAUGGCGGCGGCUUCCCGACGCUUGACUUGGAUAUUAUUUCGGCGGACUAG